AUGUCGGAGAUACCAAUAGCAAUAACUCAACAAACAGAUCUAUUACCUAUUUUACCUGAAAUUCAUGUUAUUGAACCAAUUGUUCAAUGUGGUGUUCUUUAUCUAGGCACAGCAUCAUCUGGUGCUGGUUUUCAUGGUCUUGAUGCACUUCAAGAACCAUUUUCAUAUCGAUAUCCUGUCGAUGGUACAAAUACAGUUCGAGGUAUUGAUGCGGUACUUUCUAUUUAUGAUAAUGGUAUUCAGUUAGUAUUUACUCGUCAACCACAUGCAGCAAUAUUUUUUCCAAUAGCUUCUCUUAUUUAUUGUUCAAGUUUACGUUUUACAGUUAUUGAAAAUGAUUAUACAAGGUCAACAUCAAUGAUUGAUUGGCGUUUUAUGCCAUUAGAUGCAUUUACAAUUAAUGAAAGUAGACAUCCACCAUUAUUUGGUAUUAUUAUACGACGUACACAAAUUUUACCAGGUGAUGAAUGUCAUUGUUUUAUAACAAAAAAUGUUGAUGCAGCAUUUUCACUUGUUCAAGCUAUAUCACAAGCUUAUGCAACUAUUCAACUGGGAGCUAAUUGUUUAAGAUCACCUAUUUUUUUUCAGUUAGAUCGUUUUGGACGAAGAUUAAGUGAAGCAAAUGGCAUUAUUUAUAUAUCACCAGCUUAUGAUGAUGAUUCAUCUUUGAAUCGAACAAAUACAAAUCGAUUAACAGAUGAAUCUACUAUUCGAAAUUAUCUAUUUGAUCCAACAUAUGGUGGUUUCUUUUAUCGUACUGAUGGAAGUCUUAUUGAACAAUGGCAAUUAUGGGAUGAUGAUGACAAUUUUAUUGAAUCUAGACCACGUCCACCAGCAUCACCUUUUGGAUUACAUGAAGGUCUUUAUCAUGAUGAUACAACACAUGAAAUUCAACGAUAUUUGCGUCGUAUGGAUGAUGAAGAACCUUCUUGUUCAUGUAGUUGUUCGGGUAAAAGUUUAAGUUCAAGUUCAAGUUCUAUUAGUUCAACAUCAACAGAUUAUUCUCGACAGCAUAGUCGACAUUAUUCUAAUAAACAACAAUUAAUAAAUGAUAUUGAUCAAUUUGAUGAAUCAUUUUCACAUUUACAAACAAGUUCAUUUGAACCAAUUUUACCACAGAAUAAUAAUGAAAUAAAACAAACAAAAAAAGCACCAAUUAUAAUUGAAAAAAUCAUACCGAAAUUGACUUCAUCGAUACCUAUUCUUAAUCCUAAUCUACCUCAACAAUCACUGGAUAGUUCAGAUCCUGUACAAGAACUAACGACAACUACUCUUUCACAAACAGAAUUACCUUCUUUUUCAUAUAAAAUAAAUAAACGUGGUGAAAAAAUAACCAAAGAAGGUAAUCGUAUUUUAUUUAUGGAUGUUGUUCAACCGAAUAUACAUAAAAUUCAAGUUAAUCCACAAUCUUAUCAACCACCAACAUCUCAUUUUCGUCCUCGACGACAACGAUUAUCAAAAAAAACACCUGCCAUUGAUAUUCAAAGUCUUCAACGAUUCUGCGAUGAAAACAAUUCUAAAACUCAACGAUAUUUAUAUACAGAUAAUAAAUCACAAAAUCAUUCAAAUAAUACAAAACAUUCAACAACAUCAAAUAUGUUUGAAAUUAUUGAUGGAUAUUUUGAAGAUUAUAAUGGACGUAAAAUAAACUUAAAUAAUCAUCAAGCUCAAUUAAUGAUUAAUCAUUUUGAAACAUUAAGUAAAACAAAUCAACAACGAAAUAUUAAUACUAUUUCAUCAACAAAUAGUUCAAAAAUUGCAACUCAUCAUCGUCGUAGUCGAUCAACAAUAACUACUGGUCCAUCAGUUAAUUAUGUUGAACGUUCUUCAAUACCAUCUUUUUCUUUAAUUCGUAAAUCAUCGAUAGUUAAACAAAAACCAUCAACACCAUCUAUAUUAACUAAUGAAAAAUUUAGUGAGGGUGUAUCAAGUAUUUAUGGAACAGCUCCAUCAAUCAAAUCAAAUUCAUCAUCAAUAUAUCGUCAUAAAAGAAAGCCAUCGAUUAGUACUACUACUACUACUGUUGCCUUAAAUCCAACUUAUAUAUCAGCAUUCCGAUAUAUGAAAAGCAGUAUUAAUCCAAAUUUUCUUCAAAAAUAUCAUGAUGCAUAUUAA